AUGAUCACCGGCGGUCUUAUCGUCGUUCCUGCAGAGGCAGCAAAUCGCAUAGUCAAACAGCAGUCUGGUGAUGUUUCCGGUCGCACAAGUCGCAGCAGCAUUUCUCUUACUUCAUUUUUGGCGUCAUUUAUUGCGGGUAACCCUUUAGCAGCUUCUGAGAGAGCCGAUCAAGGUGUUUUCGCAGCCCCUCCCGUUCAGGGGAGCGGGAGCGUUGAAGAUGCCAGACCGCCUGCCGCUGAGAACCAACUGGGGGAAUCUCCUUCGGCUGGAGGCAUGACUUCACUUGGCAUCCAGUCAAAUGCUGUACAGGACAGCAUUCCUCGAAGGGCUGUACCGGCAGUCAACAUUGUUUUCCUUGUUGAUACUUUAAGGGUGUGUCGCCUUGGGGAAGCGAGACGUGCAGAAGGGAGCUGGGGAUACAACCGUUUACAGCCAAUGUGCGACCAACGCUUGCUCGGCUUAGCCGAUGCAGCUACCGUCGCGACGUGCGAACAACCUACAUACGAAUCAGCACAGGGCUGGAAGAAGAAUGAUACAAAAAGUGAGCAGCAAUCUGCUGCGUUUGGAGGUUUGCCGACAAGUGAUAGAGUGAUUCAGCCGGAUUCGGAUACCAGGGGGGGCAAUUCAUGCUCAUGCAUAAAAGCCAAUAUAUGUCUUGGAGACCCUCCCGUCCUACAUUCACACUUCACCGAUGUGACUCUGCUUUGCGCCGAUGGGUUUGAGGUAGCGUCUCACAGGGCCUUGUUGGCGGCGCGAUGUUCAUUUUUUGAGGCUAAACUGACACGACCACACUGGGAGGCCCGGAAGGCUGACAAAGUGGUUAUCGACUUGCGAGACUUCGCGGGCUCCGUCGUGCAGGCAACAGUGCGUUUUUUUGAGACGGGGUACUUCGUAGUUCCCGCUUCGUGCUGCUGCCCGCAGUGCUGUGCUGAGCAACGAAGGUGUCGUUAUGAGGAGCGCCAGGCUCCGCAGCAAAGGGGGCUUCCGCCAUACGAGUGUCGGUGCUGCUGCAAGGUAGACUGGGUCCUGCAGGCCUACGCCUUCGCUGCAUAUUGCCUGCUUGAAGAUCUAAAGACUGAGCUGUUGGCGAUAUUGGCUCGUCUGACGUCGCAGCGCACGUGCCUGCGCGUGCUCACACACCCAGCUGUGCGUAACCAACGUCAGAUACUGGAGCUUGCUGCUCAUCAGCUUGUCUACCACAUGCCAAUGCCGAAUUUACUUCUUGAGCUUGACAGCUGCCAGGAGUGGCCUUUGCCCGUAGCCGACAAUAGUCUGCCGACAGCGAAGGAGACGUCACCUUCAGAUGGAAGCAUACCUCAACACCAGAGAGGAAGGAAGCCUUUGUUAGCCGAGCUGCUAAGCGAAGAAAGCUCACGGUUCAACUCCCCAUUUGCCGAGGGAGGCAUUCCGUUUUUGUGCGUGGCCUGCUGCUGA